AUAUUCUUCCCCUGAAAUGAGUUGGUUUCCAAGAAAUCCACCGGAGGUGUACCCGCAGAUGAAGAUGGCCUGGGAAAAUGUGCUUGAACCAAUAUCUUAUAAUCCGGGGGAACAGCCCCGGAUUUUACUAUCACAUUGCCAAUUAACAUCUCCUUUUAUCGAACUUUUUCUGUCGAAUCCUCCAUGAGCAUAUCCCAGAAGACUUGCCUAACAACAUUGUGACGAUCCCAUCGAUUUGUGCAAAAUGCCGCUUCUCACAGGCAAUGGCUACUCGCAACCCGAGCCGCAAGUCGACUCCAUCUUACAACAGGAUAAAUCCAUGCCAAUCGCAAUUGUUGGCAUGGCAUGUCGACUUCCAGGAGAAGCGACCAAUCCCGACAAGCUGUGGGAUCUGUGUGCGAAAAAAGAGGCCGCAUGGAGUGAAGUGCCCAAAGACCGAAUGAAUAUUGAUGCCUUUUAUCACCCAGAUGGCGAAAGAGCAGGAAAUACAAAUGCACGAGGGGGUCAUUUCCUGAAACAGGAUGUUGCUGCUUUUGACGCAUCCUUCUUCUCAAUUCCUCCAACAGAGGCAAAGAGUAUAGACCCCCAGCAACGGAUUCUCAUGGAAUGCGUAUAUGAAGCCAUGGAAAAUGGCGGCAUGACCAUGGAGGAUUUCGCUGGCUCCGACACCAGCUGCUACGUGGGAAGUUUCUCCCGUGAUUAUUACGAGAUCAUCGACCGAGAUCCUGAGACGGCACCGCUGUAUUCAGUCACCGGAAACGGUGCCGCCAUCUUGUCCAAUCGAAUCAGUUACUUCUAUGACCUCAAGGGGCCCAGCCUGACCUUGGACACUGCUUGUAGCAGUAGCUUGGUUGCUCUGCAUCUGGCGUGUCAAAGUCUGCGCACCGGCGAAAGCCAUCGAGCCAUUGUCGGCGCGACCAAUCUGAUUCUAAACCCAGACAUUAUAGUGACCAUGUCUAAUAUGCAUUUCUUCAGCCCUGAUUCUCGGUGCUUCACCUUUGAUUCCCGGGCCAAUGGUUACUCCCGUGGCGAGGGUAUCGCGACCUUGAUUCUCAAGCCACUGGCCGAUGCCAUUCGCGACAAUGACACCAUUCGCGCAGUCAUUCGAGGUACUGCAUGCAAUCAGGAUGGCAAAACCUCUGGCAUUAUGUUGCCGUCCAAGGAGGCCCAAGAAGAGCUAAUUCGGACGGCCUAUGAAGAGUCUGGCUGUGACCCCAAGCAAACUGGCUACUUCGAGGCUCACGGAACUGGAACCCAAGCUGGUGACCCCCUCGAGUCUGGUGCCAUUGGAGCCUUUUUUGGACCACAUCGUCCGCUAAAUGAUCAGGACGAGAAAAUACCGUUGUACGUGGGAAGCGUUAAAACGAACAUCGGCCACACGGAAGGUACCAGUGGUUUGGCAGGCGUCAUCAAGUCCGUACUCGCGCUAGAACGGGGCGCGAUUGCCCCCAAUCUAUAUUUCGAGAACCCCAACCCUCAAAUUGACCUUGACGGCUGGAAUCUCCGCGUCCCAACUGAGCUUACCGCUUGGCCACUCGACGGGCAACGACGAGUUAGCGUCAACUCAUUCGGCUUUGGAGGCACUAAUGGGCAUGUCAUUCUCGAUGAUGCCUAUCACUAUCUUGAAAGUCGCGGAUUGCAAGGCUCUCACAGGACAUCACGGACCCCCAUCUUGGACCUGAAGACGAUGAUUGGGAAUGGGAACACCGAGGAUGAGGUGACCAAGCCUAACGGGCACGAGAAUGGGACCAAUGGACAUACUUCCACAGAGAAUCGGCGCCAUCGAAUCUUUCUCUGGUCCACUCACGAAGAGAACAUUGCUGGGAAGAGCGGUGCUGCUUAUGCAGAACACCUGGCGGAACGGGAGGAGAGCAACGAAGAAGCCUUCUUGGACAACCUUUCAUACACUCUGUGCAGCCGUCGUUCGAUGCUGCCCUGGAAGUCCUUUCUUGUUGCUGACUCCCUGAGUGAUCUCGUCGAAAAGGUUGCAGCUACUCGACAGAAGCCGAUCCGUGCGUCCCUCAACCCGUUGAGGGUAGCGUUUGUCUUCACUGGCCAGGGUGCACAGUGGUUUGGGAUGGGCCGGGAGCUCAGUAAGGUGUAUCCCCUCUUUCAGGAGCGUCUGGAGCAGGCCGAUCUGUUCAUCCGGAAGCUGGGGGCUGAGUGGUCUUUGCUCGAGGAGCUAAGCAAGGACGAGCGUGAGUCGCGGAUUAACGAGUCCCUCAUCAGUCAAACGGCGUGCACUGCUUUGCAGAUUGCCUUGGUCGAUCUCUUGUCCAGCUGGGAAAUCCGACCAACAAAGGUGAUCGGCCACUCUAGCGGAGAGAUUGCAGCCGCCUACACAGCGGGAAUUUUACCAGCAGAAUCGGCUCUCAAGGCUGCCUAUUUCCGGGGCUUGCACUCUAGUCUGGUGAAGGCCAAGUUGCCCUCUGCCGAUGGAGCUAUGAUGGCAGUAGGUCUCUCAGAGGCUGACGCCGAGGAGAGAAUCGGAGGCCUUGAUCCUGCAUUGGGGAAAGCAUUUGUUGCCUGUAUCAACAGCCCGACCAAUGUCACUGUCUCCGGAGAUCGUCCUGUCUUAGAAGCUCUUGGUCAGGCGCUACAGAAGGACGGUGUUUUUGCUCGUUUCCUAAAAGUUCACACUGCCUAUCAUUCCCACCACAUGGAGGCGGUCGCGCCUGACUAUGAACUAUCCCUGGCGGGUAUAGAGGUCAACCUUGCUGACGAUACUGUGGAGAUGGUCUCCACAGUCACUGGUGAGCCUGUGACGGCCAAUGAUAUCCUCGGUCCAAAAUACUGGAGUAAAAACAUGGUGUCUCCCGUGCGCUUCAAUAACGCUCUGCAGACCCUAUGUAGCCGUCGCGCAACAACAAAGCGAGCUCGCCGAGGAGCUGGAAACCAAGCCGCGGUCGAUGCCCUAGUCGAGAUAGGACCCCAUGCUGGUCUUGCUGGGCCCGUCAAACAGAUUCUUGGCGUUCCCAGUCUCGAAAAGAGUGGAAUUGUGUACAAGUCCAUUCUCUCACGUGGCCAAGAUGCUUGUCAGACCACUUUGGAGGCGGUGGCUUUCCUCUUCGCCAAAGGAUACAAGAUCGAUCUCAGCAAGAUCAAUUCCCCAGAUGGUCUCCAUACCAUGCCGCAGGUGGUGGUCGAUCUGCCUACUUAUUUCUGGAAUCACUCCAAGCGGCACUGGUCCGAGUCUCGACUGAGCCUGGAGCAUCGCUUCCGACGGCAUGCACGAACCGACUUCCUGGGCUACCCGGUCAAUGACUGGAAUCCGAUGGAACCAAGGUGGAGGAACCUCAUCCGGCUUCGAGAACAGCCAUGGCUCAAGGGACACAUUGUUCAGGGUUCGUACAUUUACCCCGGCACGGGCUAUAUUUGCAUGGCUAUUGAGGCACUGCAUCACCUACGCGACAUGCCCGAGUACACAACACCUCUUGGGACUUUCGUGGGUUAUCGGCUGAAGGAUGUGAAGCUCAGCCGUGCUUUGAUCAUCCCCGCCAGCGAAGAGGGAGUGGAGACCCUCUUCUCCUUACGUCACUAUAAGGAAAGCAGUGCAUCAUUCUCCGAUACGUGGUAUGAAUUCCGGGCCUUCUCUUACUCUUCUUCGGACGGAUGGGCGGAACAUGCCCAUGGCCUGAUCUCCGCUGUUCAUGAAUCCGAUAAGAGUCUGUCAGGAAGCAACUUCACGUAUAACCCUUCAUUGGAAAAGGUCUUAUCCACGGAGAAAUUUUCCAGUUCGCGGACCUCGAGCAAUCUAUACGAUGUAGUUGGUGCUGUCGGUCUUGUCUACGAGGAGCCCUUCCGUAACUUCACUGGGGAGCUUCGGACCAACGAAGGGGCCGCGACGGCAACAGUAACUGUGCCUGAUACCAAGAGCUUGAUGCCGUUUAACUAUGAGUAUCCGUAUCUCAUUCAUCCAGCAACUAUGGACGGUUUCAUCCAGAUGCUCUUCCCUGCUCUGUUACAUGGCACGAACAUUUGCUCCUCCCCUUUUAUGCCAGUCUUUUUUGAUGAGACAUUUCUCUGCGCUGAUAUCGCCCAGGAGCCAGGUCACCGUUUCCACUGCGUCUCUACCGCGGGCCAGACUGGAUUUCGCGAGGUUACCACAGAUGUACUGGUCCACGAUGAAGCCAGCGGGCUGCCGAUGGCCAGCUUCAAGGGAGUGAGAUGCAGCGGAGUAGAUGCGGGGCCUACAGAGGAUGAUGACGACGUUUCCAGAGCGGCGGUGAAGAAGCUGUGCUUCCAUGCAAGUUGGCAUCCGGAUCCAGAGCUUCUCUCCAAGCCCAUAGGAGACGAGUUGAUGCGAAAGUAUAUUGUGACACCUGAAGACCCGCAGCGCGUGUCAAACCUAGAAGCAAUUGCCUAUUAUUACUAUUACCAGGUGUUGCAACAAGUGAAGGAGGAGCAGGUUCCUUCAAUGAAGCCUCAUCACCAGAAGUUCUUCCGGUAUAUGCAACUUCAGCGAGACCUAGUCAAGGCUCGUCAAAUGCCGCACCAGAACGUCGAGUGGGAGCAGUUGGACAAUCCCGCCAUCCGCGAAAAGAUGGAAGUCUUGGCCGCACGGUUAGAGUCAUCUGGUAUCGACUCGCAGCUGAUCUGUCGAGUCGGUCGUAAGCUGGACAAGGUCCUAACAGGAGCAGUCGACCCUCUGGCGCUCAUGUUAGAGGACGAGCUGCUCUACAAGUACUAUGAAGGGGUGCUAGGCUAUGACAUCCUGUAUCGUUAUGCCGAAAUUCUUUCGAACAAAAAUCCCAAUAUGAAGGUACUCGAGAUUGGUGGCGGCACUGGAGGUGCCACGGCUCCCAUCCUGGCUGCGAUGGGGGGAAGCAAUGGUCGAUACCCAAGGUUCAAUUCCUACACCUUCACCGACAUCUCCUCUGGGUUUUUUGAAGAAGCGGAGAUCAAAUUCAAGGACUGGAAAGGCCUGAUGGAGUAUCGCCGACUCAAUAUCGAGGAGGAUCCUGUGGAACAGGGUUUUGGCGAACAACAAUACGAUCUCGUUGUGGCGGCCUCGGUUCUCCACGCCACAGCAAAUAUCGAUCGCACUCUCGCGCAUACUAGGAAAUUGCUUAAACCCGGUGGUCGCUUGAUUCUCGUCGAAAUAUCAAAUAUCCUCAACCAAGUCUUCCUUCUCUUUGGUUGUUUGCCCGGCUGGUGGAUGUCGGAAGAGAGCUACCGGCCAUGGGGUCCUACAAUGAAUGAGAAGAUGUGGGGCGAAGCCUUGAAACGCAACGGAUUCAGUGACCUCACUCUUGCAGCGCCCGAUAAUACAGAUCCUCGAGAUGAAAUGGGCCGUGUCUUCUCCUGCGUGGCAGUUGAAUCGGCUGCCGUUCCAGCUGUGAACCCGUCAAUCCAAGAAGUAACACUGCUCACAGACAGUUAUGAUGCCUCUUCUACAUCGUCAGGGCUAGAAAAGGCUAUCGAGCAGAGACUCGGCCACCUAGGCAUUCCGGUGCGCAAGAUGUCUCUCUCUAGCAUCUCUCAAACCUCGUUGGAGAACGCCUUCUGUGUUUCGCUAGCUGAGCUCGAUCGAUCUGUCAUCCAGGACAUGAAGCCGUCCGAAUUCGACGCCAUCAAGACCAUCAUCAAGAGCAGCGAGGGCCUGUUGUGGGUCACUGAAGGCGCGGCUAAUAACCCCAGCCGUCCCGAGUCUGCGCUUUUCCAUGGCCUGGCUCGAUCCCUUCGGGCUGAGCACGAAAGCUUUCCUCUAAUCACGGCCGAUCUUGCCACUUUUGAUCGCCAGGCUCCCGGAGAUGCGGCUGAGAACUUGGUGAGUCUCUUGCAGCAUAUUUUAAAGAAUCCGAGGGAGCAGGAGCCCGAAUAUUUGAACGAGAACGGUUAUUGGUGGGUCAAUCGCUGCCUCGAAUCCGCCGAGACCAACGGCCAAAUCCACGGCCGAAUCAACCAUCAGGCAUCUGGAAGCGAUAAGACCGAGCCACAACCAUUCUAUCAGCAAGGUCGACCAUUGAAGUUGAACAUCAAGACUCCCGGUCUUUUGGAUACCUUGAGGUUCGAGGAUGAUGCUCGAGCUGCAGAUCCCCUCGGGCCAGAUGAGGUUGAAAUCGAAGUCAAAGCGUCCGGUGUCAAUUUCCGAGACAUUAUGAUCUGUACCGGUCAGAUGUCUGACUCUUCUCUGGGACUUGAGUGUGCAGGUACCAUUCGCCAAAUUGGCUCUCAGGUGUCUCACUUGAAAAUUGGCGAACGCGUCACCGCUUGGACAAAAGGCAACUACUCGAACUAUGCUCGCACUCAUGCCCAGUUGGCUCAGUCAAUCCCGGAUGAUAUGAGCUAUGCCGUGGCAGCUUCUCUGCCCAUUGUGUUCACGACUGUAAUUUAUGGUCUUCAGCACAUUGCUCGACUCCGCAAGGGCGAGUCAGUACUGAUUCAUGCCGCUGCUGGAGGUGUUGGUCAGGCGGCCAUAAUCCUCUCUCAGUGGAUCGGUGCAGAUAUUUUUGUGACCGUCGGAACUCCAAAGAAGAGAGAGCUUGUGCAACGAGAGUUUGGAAUUCCAGAAAAUCGUAUUUUCUCUAGUCGCGAUCUUAGCUUUGCGCAGCAAAUCAAGAAAUUGACCGGAGGACGGGGCGUGGACGUCGUACUCAACAGUUUGGCCGGUGAGGCGCUCGAUGCGACCUGGGACUGCAUCGCCAUGUUUGGUCGCUUUAUCGAAAUGGGUAAAAAGGACAUUGUGGAUAAUCGCCGCCUGGGGAUGGCUCCUUUCCUCCGCAAUGUGACCUUUUCGUCGAUCGAUCUGAUGACCGUCUUCAAACACAACGUCAGCUUGGCCGCCCAAUUGAUGCAAGAAACCAGAGAUUUGAUCCGCACUAAGGCCAUUCGCCCUGUUCCUUCCAUCAAAACAUUCCCUUUCUCGCAAUUCGAAGAGGCUUUCCGUUUUAUGCAGCAAGGCAAACAUGUCGGCAAAAUUGUCAUGGUGCCACGGGAGGAUGAUAUUGUGCAGGCAGUUCCCCGCUCUAGCGGCCCAUACGUCUUUCCCGAAGAUGCUUCAUAUUUGAUUACCGGAUUUGGAGGCCUGGGGCGAAGCAUGGCACGCUGGAUGGCUUCUCGUGGAGCAAAGAAUCUCAUCUUUGCUUCGAGAUCUGGAGUCACACGCCCAGCAGUUAAAGAUCUGGUUGACGAACUAGGGCAGUCUGGUGUUCGAGUAGAAGUGCUCCAGGUUGACAUCACCGACAAACCUGCUUUUAAAUCCGAGUUGGACCGCAUUUUGCAUGUCUUGCCUCCUGUGCGUGGAGUGAUUCAAGCUGCCAUGGUGCUGGAAGAUCACAUCUUUGAAAACAUGUCGCUCGAAGCUUUCAACAACGGAAUCCGUCCGAAAGUUCAAGGCACAUGGAAUCUUCACGAAAUUACCAUUGGACAGCCCCUGGACUUCUUCAUCAUACUCGCGUCAGCCGUUGGCGUUCUAGGUAAUUCCGGACAGGCCAAUUACUCGGCAGGUAACGCUUUUGAAGAUGCACUUGCGCAAUACCGUCGAUCGCAGGGCCUUCCCGCCAUCUCGAUUGACUUGGGUAUGAUGCUGUCUGUAGGUGCUGUAGCGGAGGAUGAAACCGGUCUGGUGCGACGAAAUCUGGAACGCAAAGGCUUCGUGGGAAUUGAAGAGGAGGAAUUCCUUGUCAUGCUGGAGAUCGCUAUUCAAGAUUCCAACCAACAGCAGCACAGCCAGAUGAUUACGGGUAUUCAGACCCAGUCGACCGUAGGAGGCGGGGAGGGUGGAAUUGCAUUGGACGAGCCAUCCUGGAAGUCCAGCCCCGUCUUCUCUCAUCUCCCGAAGCUGAAUGUUCGGUCCUCGAGCAACGCAAAUAGCGAAGGCGUGCAGUCCACCCAAGCCCUGCUGAAGGCAGCCUUGUCUUUCAAUGAUGCAGUAACUAUCAUCGUCAAUGCUAUCACUAUCAAACUCAGCCGCAGCUUGAUGAUCGAAAUCGCUGAGCUGGAUCCGACUCGGCCGACUAGUGCUUUUGGAAUUGACAGUUUGAUUGCAGUGGAGUUGCGGAAUUGGUUUCAGAAGGAGAUGAAGGCCGAUAUUGCAGUCUUUGAGAUUCUUCAGGCCAAUAGCUUGCAAACACUUGCCUUUCGAGUGGCCGAGAAGAGUGGCUUUGUGGCCAGCUCGCUAGCUGAAGCUUAG